GAGCUCUUCUCCUUCUUCUUCUUCCAUCCUCCCCGCUCUGAGGCACCGAGCAGCAUCCCCGUCCCCGGGCUCCGUCCCACCAUCCCGCGCAAUAACAUGGACUCACAGGGCUGUCGUUCUUCCAUCUAGACGGGAAGUCUCACAGUCAAGACAGGGGGCACAAUGAGUGAAGAGCCAGCAGUCACCCCAAGCUGGCUGACCCCUGACCCCACAGCCUGGGCCAGUGGAGGCGGAGGACUGAUGGACAACAGCACCAGUCUGGGGACGUUUCCAGCAGAUUCCCUGGCUCCCAGCCAGCUGCCCCUGCUGGUGAACCCCUGGGACAUCGUGCUGUGCACCUCGGGGACGCUGAUCGCCUGUGAGAAUGCUCUGGUGGUGAUGGUGAUCUGGCAGAACCCGGCGCUCAGAGCCCCCAUGUUCCUGCUGAUCGGCAGCCUGGCGCUGGCGGACCUGCUGGCCGGCCUGGGCCUGGUGCUCCACUUCACCUGUGCCUACUUGCUCCAAUCUGAAUCGGCCCAGUUGCUGACGGUGGGCCUGGUGGUGGCCUCCUUCUCCGCCUCUGUCUUCAGCCUGCUGGCCAUCACUAUCGACCGCUACCUGUCGCUGUACUACGCCCUCACCUACAACUCUGAGCGCACCGCGGCCUUCACCUACACCAUGCUGGUGCUGCUGUGGGGGCUCUCCCUGUGUCUGGGCCUGCUGCCGGUCACAGGGGUCAACUGCCUGGAGGAGGAGGCCACAUGCAGCGUGGUGCGGCCCCUCACCAAGAACAACAUCGCCGUGCUGUCUGUCUCCUUCCUGCUGCUCUUCGGCCUCAUGCUGCAGCUCUACGUCCAGAUUUGCAAGAUAGUGAUGCGGCACGCUCACCAGAUCGCCCUGCAGCACCACUUCCUGGCCGCCUCGCCUCACUACGUCACAACGAGGAAGGGCGUCUCCACUCUGGCCAUCAUCCUGGGUACCUUCGCCGCCUGCUGGAUGCCUUUCACUGUCUACUCUCUUAUUGCCGACUACACCUACCCCCCACUGUACACCUACGCCACGCUGGUGCCUGCCACCUACAACUCCGUCAUCAACCCGGUCAUCUACGCCUUCAGGAACCAGGAGAUCCAGAAGGCGCUGUGGCUGGUGUGCUGUGGCUGUGUGCCUGCCAGCGUGGCCCAGCGUGCUCGGACCCCCAGUGCCGUCUGACCCCACAGACCCUGGUGGGAAGAGAGCGGCGCCCUGAGUCAGCUCUGCUCCUCGCUGGAUGUGUCUGGUGUCAAAGGCAGCAGCAGUGGGGGGGAGGCCGGGGGGAGGCAGCAGAGGGCCUGGCUUCAUCUCUGGGUGGAGAUGUUCCUGGCAGUUUUGUUAGUUAUCCACAGCCCACCUGGAUGGAUUAUUCUUUGUUGCACUCACCAUAUAGGGCAAGGUGUCUCACUGUCUUCCCCAGUACAGACGGCCACUGAGCGGGCAGCAUCCCGCCCCCCCCCCCCUUUCCAACCACGCCCUUCCUCUGUUCUGCAGAGAGUGCUGAGAGCAUCACAUGUUUUACAGGCAGCAGCCUUAUAUCAAAAGUGCAUAUAGCGACCAGCACUGGAGCUUUGGUUGCUUGUUUUCCUUAAAUAGAGGAGGGAUUGUUAGUCUGCUCCACUGUGCGUAAAAACGCACGGUGGAUUUAUUAAGUGCGCAGGGGAGAGGUAAGGGAAGAGAGUAUUCUCACGCAGGCAUUUCCACAUAAAGGCCGUCUGGAUCCCGUCUCUCUGCUGCUGCACUCUGGACGUGCGUUGAAAGCUAAAGAGCCGCCGAGAGCUAAAAAUAAAUCCGGCACUCUGUGAUCCUUCCGCGCCCCGCGUCCUCCACAGACGCCGAGGAAAAAACAAAGCCGCUUCCCCUCCUCUCUUCUCCACAGUCUUCUGUUCUCUCCGGAUUGUGCAUGAAUGUGUUUUAGUCCAUCAGACAAAGCCACAGGAGAUCUGACCAUUAACCCUUCCUCCAUUCUUUUUUACUAAUUAACGGAGGCAGCUAACCGAGUAUAAGCCUAUUGGAUUAUGUAACCUUCAAUCCCCUUUUUCACCUUUUAAAUGGAGAUGCUUAAGACUUUUUGAUUGUCUGGAGAAUGUUAUAUACUUUUUUUAUUAUACAAUUGAGAAAAGUGAACAAAAAUGUGAAUUUAAAGGUCAUUUUGAAUAGGAUAACACACAUGUCGAAUGUGUUAUCCCGAUAGAUAUUAAAUUAACAUGAUCACAUGACUACAAACCUGGAGCCAAAUUAGCAAAAUGGUGAUUUUGGUGUGGAAAUGUUUCUUUUAUUUGAUAUGUGUGGCUCCUUAAGAGCUCAACACAAACCACAUAUCUGAUGUGCAUGCUGUGUAAUUAGCAUGUAACAAGCAAACAUGCCCUUGUAUUCCUCCUGAGGUCACAUGCCAGCCAUGUGUCAGUGUACCCAGAUGUCAUCAUGACACUAAUAACUCCUAAUUGUGCUUAUGUACACAAUGUACCUCACAUGUAUACCAUUGAAUGAGCUACAAUCAUCACUAGAUGGUCAUAAGAGUUUUGAAAAUGUGGAUUUCUCGAGAUAUUUCUGCUGUAUGGUGCGAGAACAGUCAUCAUUAGAGUCCUGCUAAGUGUGAAGCAAAGAUCACAACACCUACCAGCUGCUCUGAGUCAUUCUUUAUUGGGUCUUGAAAAUGAGUUUGCAAACCCGACAAACAUGCCAACACCUUCAUCUCUUCAUAUCUUGUCAGCAAUAACUAGCCAAGGUAGUUAUUAUUUUUUGUAGAUUUGAAGCAAUACUCAGACAGCAAUAACAUCACGUCGCUCCAUGACUUCUUCUUCAAUGUGAAGCACCAUAAUGGCUGCUCAGGUAGGGCUGUGCAGUGAAUGGGCUCCGAAUGAUGCUUCAGUGAUGCCUCUUCAAAAAGGUGGUGGUAUAAUCACUCCGGGGCGAGAUCAAACGACUCAUUUGUCACUGCCUCAAUCCUCUGACAUGAUUUUUCCUCGAGCCAAAAUCUGGCUUUUUUUUAAUCGCGCCGGGAUGAGAUAUAUCGUUUUGUUGCCUCUGCUUUUCUGUGAGCAUACGAACUGUCCUGUAACCUCAAGUGUCGGUGUGUGAUGGUGUGUCGUGCAUACUGUAUGAGUUGCAUGGGUGUGUGCAUGUGUGUCUGUUCCAGCAGCUCAGCAGACCAUAUUCUGUCUCCUUGUGCGGGGGGGUUUACGGAGGUAUAUGACUUCCUGUUGACCCUUUGAGGAAAAUGCUGCCAAGUCUUCCUGUCAAUCCUGAGAGAAGUGGCCUCGUUACGUGUUUGCAGAGCUUUUUUUGGAAGGGGGAUAGGACUAGGACGCUCCGGCACUUCAAGCCAAGGUGAAAGGGACUCUGAAUGUCCUAGUCCUGCUGAGUUUCCUGUCUCUAAAUCACUUAUACUCUACUUUUAAUCAAUCUGAUUGAGGCGUCCUCUAAGAAGUGACCUCUGAAUGAUUCUAUGAGCUAAAAUGGUCGCUUCCAGAUACAAAGAUAAUGCUUCUUCUUUCAUUCCUUUGCGAAGAGGCAUUUGAAGAGCUCAACAUUCUCAUCUUUUGGCCUCAAGUAUAGGAGAGGAAUGGCAUAUCUGAGCAUUGGAACGUGGACUUGGUGUCAGACUGAAUACGGUUGCUUUAUUUUCGAUGAGCACCACCAGGUCAGGCGUCACAAACCAUCACAAUUCUUUUACCUUUUGGAGAAAAUUCUAUAUUUUGUUAUAUUCAUUGAAAAGUUAUAUUUUUUUCCACUUAAGUCUGGCUUGGAUUCUUUCAGAUUCUGUACGAUGUAACGGCGCUGUAAAGCCUCUUUUCUGAAUGUAGUAAUGAAUUGUUUAUUUGAUUCCCCCCCCUCCUCUUCACUCCUUUGUUUCUGUAAAUACGGCAUGCUGAGGAGGAGGCGGGGCUUAAUUCCACCGUGCAUGGUGCUACCCAAGUGGUUGCACCCUUUUUUUUUUUUUUUUUUAAUGAAUUUUCUCCGCUGUUGAUGUAGAAACUCUUCUGUUCGGCUUCAAUAUGCACCAGUUUGUAAAGGCUGGAUUCAAGGUUUUUAAUUGGCUACACAGACGGGGAUGUUUGAGGAAGAUAUUCUCUGAUUGGUGAAUGUUUUUCCUUCUUGUGCAGCAGACAGUAUUGUUCAUGAUGAUUGAGCAGGUGUGAACAAGGGCUUUGUAUCCAAGAAUAGCAGAUGUUGGAUGUAAUACUUCUGUAUACACACACCUGUUCAUCUAAUUGCUUCACAGUGUAAUAAUACACUGUGGUUUUUGAGAAAAUGUGUAGCCAAUGACUUGUUGUUAAAUGAAAUGGUUACCAAUCUAGAGCUAAAUACAUUAAAGGGCCUGUGAAUGUGUGUGUUUGGGGGUGGGGGUGGGGGGGGGGGGGGGGGUUGAGGUAACAGCAUCUUGUCUAGAUGUAUGCGUACUAGUUAUCAAUGUGAAAUGCACUUUAUUUUUUUGGAUGAAAAUGGCACAACAAAUUCUGCAAAAUGAAACACGAUAAUCAACAUGCACUAACUUCAAAACUGAGAUAUUGUUAACAAAAAGUGAGAAGAAAAAAACGUGUGUGAACGUGGUGUGUAUUUUUAAAAGUGUUAUAGUUGUACUUUUUAUUAUUGCUUUUGGUUAGAGUUCACUUUUUGUAUUAAAAAAACCCAAAUAAGUGCUGUGCAUAAAAAUUCCUCGUGUCGUUUGUUCAUCCUCGCCCGUAUCCCUGGCAACACCCGUCUUAGCUGUACUGUUACCAUGGAAACUGAUGUCUUAAAGCCAGGCAUUACGAGAAACAGAAAAAUAAACAUGGCAGCCGAGCCGUCAUGAUCCGUCAGUCAUCUUUU